AUGAUGCUGGGCAUCAUGGCGGCGGAGGUGGUAGACAUACUCUCGAUGAAGGAAGUGAGCUCUCUUUGGACAUGUAUCCCCGCCAUCAUCACUGUCUUCACGGCCCUCACCAGCAGCAGUCGGGGCCACCGGCAGCCUCCCUGGUGGCGUGAUCUAGUGGGCAAGACGCAGAACUCCAAUGGGAGGAGAUCUAACGAUGCGUCUGCCGCCGCCGUUGGUGAGCAUGACGCAGUCGGGAGGCAUGAGUACGAGGCGCAGGCAGAGACCGAGGAGAAGAGGAUGGUUGAGCCUCUAAUGGGGGAAGUGACGUUCUUCAAUUAUCAAGUCAUUUUGCGAUUUCAAGAUGUAUUAUACUUACCUAUUGUUGGUUCCUUAUGCAGGAUGGCAAACAAAGGUAAUCCCGGAGCGAAGAGGAAGAAGAAGCAGGAGGCUGGCGGGCAGAAGAAUCAGGAAGCUGGAGGGGAGAAGAAGCAGGGGGCUGGCGGGAAGAAGAAGCCGACCCUGCACUGCUUGGCACUUGAGGAGGAGAGAGGAUGUAAAAAGUUCAAUGAAUAUAUGCAAGAACUGGCUAACAAGUCCCCUGGAAAAGAUAUAUGCGUGGUUGAGCCAUCUCGCGGGGAUACACAAACACCUGGUGAAGCACUGCUAAUUGAAGAGGCCCAGACAGCAAUCCUCAGACUUCCACGCACCCCUGUCCAUAGCUACGAGGAAGGCUGGUGCUUCAGCACAGUCAGCGAGAGCAAUACAGUCGUCACAAAUCAAGACAUUCCUAAGAUUCUGAAAGAUAAUCGGGUGAGAGCAACAGCGGAAACAGUUACCAAAUGCGUGACUGGUUUAGCUGAAAUGCUUAAGAGGGUUGUCAUGGAUUUGAGCCCAUCCUACCGACAGGAUCCUAAUAUCAACAAGGAGCUGCGUCACCUCCUUGGUUUGAUACGCAGAUACAAGUUCAGGGCAUGCACAUUUUUGAUCAAGUACCACGCAGCUACAGUUCCUCUAAUCAACAGACUGAUUCUCUUCAUUAUGAUCUAUGAUCAUACUGUAGAGAUUCUAAGGCGCACUGACCCUAAGGCGUAUAACACAGUAAUGACGAGUCUUGACUGCCCAGCAAAUUGGGACAAUCUUGUGAGAAGUAAUAACUUUCUUCUGAUGUACUACGACUGGUUUGAUCUUGCAAGAGCUCAAUAUCAGAGGUUUCCUGAGGUCAUGGUAUCAAUGCAGACGAGUUUGCAUUCGCUGGGGGAACUCCAAGCCUUGGGAACGCAAUAUCUGUUCCCUGCAAAGAUAAAAGUGACGCCCAAAGGGCCUGAAUCCUGA